CGGGCGAGCCGCUUCUCCGGGCCGCAACCGCUGCUGCCGGAGCGGGAGACGCCCCUUCCCCGCCACUCAGCUCGGGGGCGGGGAGGCAGCGGCGGCCGGAGCCCGGACCGUGGGGGAGCAGCCUGACAGCAGCAGGUCAUUAGUGUCUUGUUCUAAGGUCACUUGCUAAAGGUUACUAACCACAAAGAAUUUCACAAAUCAUUCUGAUUUUUUAAAGAAGAGUUCACAUUGGGAAUCAUGAACAUCAAUGACUUUGUAAUACUGCCAGGUUCAAAAACUGGAACUUCUGUAAAAUUAAAAGUGAAAAAUGUACAAGAGCUGAAAUUGGAGAAGGUACAGUUAGAACUAGAAAACAAGGAGAUGGAGAAGAAACUGCAGCAACUACAAUCUAGUAUGAGCAGAGAAAAAGAAGAGAGGAGGGAACGAUCAAGUGGAUAUCGUUGGCAAUCUGGACAGGCAGGACCAUUGGGCAUUCAACCUCAAGUAUGGUCACAAAAUAAAGAAAAUGUUGUUAAGGUUUCUUCAGGAAAAGUGAAGUUGAAGAUACUCAAAGAACAGUGUCAUGAGCCAAUGAAACAGCCAUUUAUACAUAAAAUGGCAAAUGUUGCAAUCCCUGGAAAACCUAAAAUGAAGGGGAAGGCAUGUGGACAGUGUGAGACCAAAAAUGCUUUGCUGGUAUGCUUAGAAUGUGGGGAAGAUUACUGUGGUAGUUGCUUUGCCAGAGUCCACCAGAAGGGGGCGCUGAAGCUCCAUAGAAUGAUUCCUUUACAGGCAAAAACCGAUGUAUCAGUUGGAAAAUUAGAAACUACCCAUCAGUUCAUGAAAGACUUCAGUCCUGAUGAAUCCAAAAAGAAUCAUGAGCAGAAGAAAGCAAAUAGCAAGAAUCAGCUCAUGUCAGACAUGUCUUCAUCUCUGCUAACGUCAACAGGCAAUGCUGAGGAAGUUUCCACAGUACCAGCAGGGGCAGUUUUUGAGAAUCAGAAUGGUGGUUUAUUACUGUAUGGUACUUUUGAUGAGGAAGAAUCUGCAGAGUCCUUUCAAGAAGCUUUAACUCAAUGGAGAAAUGGAAAUCAUGAACACAAAAAGGAUGAUGAGGCUCAACAAGAAUCCAUGGGAGUUUGUGAGGUACAGACCCAUCUCACAAUUUUGAGAAAACCUGUUAAAAUUGAAUUCAGAGAAGAAAGCCUGAACUAUAUGGAGAAACUGUGGCUUAAGAAGCAUAGAAGAAUGCCAGUUGAUCAAAUAUCUGGUAUUCAAGCAGAUGAAUUCAGACCUAAGCAUGAAUUGAUGAAUGAACCCGAUGAUGCUCAGAGUGGAGGAGAAGGAGGAGGAGGAGAUGAUGAUGAUUUAAUAGUUGAAGAUAUGAAAAAGUAUUGGACAGAUCUCGUUAGAGCAGAAGAGUCUGACACAGUUCCUGGGAACCUUGAGUCUGCUUUGAAAAUUGAGGUACUCAGUGAUUCUUGUGAAGAGGAUCUAAAUGAAUCAUGUAACUCUGUAGUGAUGGAAGUUGGAUCCACUAAACUGAGUAAUGAACAAAGUGAUGCAGUACCUGAAAAUCAGAAGGAUACAAUAUCAGACUUUUUACCAGAACCAGCUGCUGGUGUAACUAGCAAGACAUCUCUUAAUUCUGCUUCUACAUCUGACAAAAAAGACCUUUUCGUUCCUCAUGAUAGAAGUACAGUUCCCAUUAAAGAAAUUUCUAAAGUUUCAUCUGCAAGAACAUCUACAGUGAAUCAUGAAAGAAUGUAUACUGAUUGCAUCCAUUCCAGCACAGAAGAAACAGUUCUCGGCAGUCCUCAUGAAAGUGCUGUAACUGAAAAAGAAAGCAUUAAAACAAAGACUUCUAGAAGAUCUCUCAGUGCUUGUAUGUUACCCGAGAAGACUUUUGACCUUCCUAAAUUAGGAAGCAGUGAACCUUCCCUCAUGACAAGAUCAUUGAAAAACAGUAAAGAUUCACUGGAAUUUAACAGUUUCCACACAAGCAAGAGUUUGAUUUUACCUGUAACUACAGAGGCUUCAGUGUUGUUACAGGAAGUAGCCCUAAGAGAAAAACCUACUUUGACACAAUAUCAAGGACUUGAGGGAUUCUUUAUUUUGCAUGCAAAUUCUAAGCAAGUAACACUUGAUUCAAUUCCUUCACCUUUCUCAGAUUGCAACUCUACAAAGAGUACUUCAGUUUCAGGAAAGGGACAUUGGUUCAGAGACACUAGUUUAAGUGAAUAUGCUGAUGAUUUUGUAGUACAGGAUGUCUUGCAAAGUGAACUGAGCAGGUCUUCAAGUAGUUUGGAACUACAAAAAUUAUGUGCUGGAGUUUCACCAUGGACAUUAAUGCACAAGUCACCCACUGAUAAUAGUUUACAAAGACCUUUGUCAGCAAAUAUACCAUCCUCUAAAGCUGCGAAGUCUGAUCGUAUCUGCUGUACACUCUCUCAGACAAGAUCAAGAAAUUUAACUACUCAGCCCUUAUCUAGAGCUGCUACUGAAAUUUCAAAAAAUGAAUGCAUUGAUGUAACUGAACAAAAUGAUCCUCUCUUAGAAUAUACUGCUGAUCAAGAAGCCUUAGCUGGCUUGGAAAAUGAACUAAAAAGUCAUACAGAUCCUCAGGAAAAACUUUACAGCUUUACCUCUGAAGACUUAUCAGCCUUCAGCAGACAUUCAAAGAAGAUAAGUGAAAAUAUUACAGAUUUCCAUAAUAACCUAGAAAUAAAAUACCACAGUAGAGUUGAUAUUUUUAGAGAUUGUGAUGAAAGCCAUACAGAUGAGGAGAAAGAGAUUCUGAGGGACAAGCAGGAAGUUAUGGCACUACGUUGACCAACCAAAAAAACAAAACUUGCUAAUAAUUAUUUUUCUUUGCAUCGCAUAAAACAAGCAACCUGUUAGAAGGCAGUUCUCAGGUGCUGAAGAUGUUAACUGCUGAAGAAUGUUGUUGCAAGUCUAUCCUACCAAUAAAACAUGUCUAAAAUUAAAAAUCA